AUGAAUAUCUCACAGCCCGUCGCUUCCUCCGUGGAAAGCGUCGAGUUCACGUUCUUGUCGGCCGAAGAGAUCCGGUCCAUGUCGGUCCGUCGGAUCGAAAAUGAGAGCACCUUCGACACGCUGCUGAAUCCUGUCCCUGGUGGUCUCUAUGACCCUGCUCUGGGCUCCUGGGGAGAUGCGCUAUGCACGACGUGUAACCUGGGCCAGCUACUUUGCCCUGGCCACCCGGGCCAUAUCGAGCUGCCGGUGCCGGUGUACCACCCCGUAUUCAUGGACCAGGUACUACGUCUCCUUCGAGCCGAAUGUGUCUAUUGCCACCGUUUCAGGCUGAGGGCCAAGGACCUCAACCGCUACGUGUGUAAGCUCCGUCUUCUGCAGCACGGCCUCCUCCACGAAGCUCGCCAUAUCGACGCCAUUGGCGAGGAUAAUCUCGGCCUUGACAUCCCGGGUGUGUCACAGGAUCACAUCUCCGAGGCAGGUGAUGAUCUCGACGCUGCAGUCGACGGCGCGAUCCGUGCCAGGAACGCAUAUGUUCACAACGCAAUCAUGAGCCACCAGAUCAGCCUAGGCGACAUUCGCAAAGGGAAGCAUGAAGGCGCGUCGGAAAUGAGACGAGAGCUCGUCAAAGAGUUCCUCAAGGAAGUGGUUGCAAGCAGGCAAUGUGCAAGCUGCUCUGGCAUUUCCCCUUCUUACAGAAAAGACCGUUUCGUCAAGAUCUUCGAGAAACCCUUGACGCCAAAGGAACAGGCUAAGAUGGCAGCCGGCCGCUUCAAGCUCCGCGAUGCGUUGUCUCUUCGUCAAAAACCCAAGCAAGCGCCGUCCGGAUAUCAUUCCGACGAAGCCAUUGCCGACGUUGAUCAAGCAUCCUCAGAUGACGCUGAGACCGACGGGACAGAGGAGAGCGAGGAUGGCGAAGACCUCGAUGAGGAUGGGAACAUAGUGAAGCAGCCUCCGGACAACUCGACACGCAACGUGGACAAAAUCCCGCCCAGGCACCGAUACAUCAGCGCCCAGGAGGUCCUUGAAAGGCUGAGGCUUCUUUUCGACAAAGAGCAGGAGAUCUUGCAUUUGGUAUACAAUUCCAAGCCAGUGUUGAAAAAAACUUUCAGGGUCACGCCCGAGAUGUUUUUCCUUCAGACCAUCCUUGUGCCGCCGAAUCGGUACCGACCGGAAGCCCGCACCGGCGACUCUCAGAUUGCCGAGGCAUCCCAGAAUUCUCUCUACAAGAUGAUCAUGAGGGCAUCGCUCAAGGUUGCCCAGAUAUCCCGCGAAAUCACUGGGGAGAGCCUCGAUAGAGCCGAGAGGCUUGGUGCACGACAGCCUCGGGACAUUACUGCUCUCCACGAAGCAUGGACGGAAUUGCAGGAUUGUGUCAAUUCGCUCAUCGACAGGAAUAAGAACCCGGUGCAAGGCCAAGCUGCCAAGCGCAACGAGGAGGGUAUAAAGCAGAAGCUCGAGAAGAAGGAGGGGCUGUUUAGAAAGAACAUGAUGGGCAAGCGUGUCAACUACGCCGCUCGGAGUGUCAUCUCGCCUGAUCCCAAUAUCGAGACGAAUGAGAUUGGUGUGCCUCCAGUCUUUGCGCGAAAACUCACCUAUCCCGAGCCAGUGACGAGUCACAACUUCAAGGACCUUCAACAGGCAGUUAUCAACGGCGUCGAUAAGUGGCCUGGCGCGUCAGGCAUCGAGAACGAGAAUGGUCAGAUAAUCAAUCUGCGGACCAAGUCAUUGGAGGACCGUGUCUCUCUCGCGAACCAGCUGCUUGCGCCGACAAACAACAACUUCAGUGGCAUGCGAAACAAGAAGGUUCAUCGACACCUGACCAACGGUGAUGUUGUCCUCAUGAACCGUCAGCCAACUCUACACAAACCUUCCAUCAUGGGCCACCGCGUCCGCGUUUUGCCGGGUGAGAAAACCAUCCGCAUGCACUACGCCAACUGCAACACAUACAAUGCGGACUUUGACGGAGACGAAAUGAACAUGCACUUUCCGCAAAAUGAGGUUGCCCGAGCGGAAGCGCUCCAACUCGCGGACACCGACCAUCAGUACCUCUCCGGCACGGCUGGAAAGCCUCUGCGAGGUCUCAUCCAAGAUCACUUGUCUGUGUCCGUUGCUCUCUGCAACAAGGACACCUUCUUCGACAAAGGGUCCUACCAACAGCUUAUCUAUAGCGCACUCCGUCCAGAAAGCGGCCACAUCACCGGCGAGAGAAUAGAGCUACUCCCUCCUGCCAUCAUCAAGCCUGUUCCGCGAUGGACAGGCAAGCAAAUCAUCUCGACCAUUUUGAAGAACACGAGACCUAAAGGCUCUGGGGAUCUGUGGAUGACUGGCAAGACUCAGAUUCCCGCUGACAGAUGGGGGGCGCACUCUGAGGAGUACCAUGUCCUUUUCCGAGAUGGUCAGUUUAUCACUGGCAUUCUGGAUAAGUCCCAACUGGGUCCUAGUUCAGGCGGCUUUGUCCAUUCCGUGCACGAGGUCUACGGCCCUGCUGUUGCUGGAAAGCUGCUGAGCAGCAUGGGUAGGCUCCUGACCAAGUAUCUGAACAUGCGCGCGUUUAGUUGCGGGAUGGAUGACCUGCGGCUUACCCCCGAGGGCGAGGCAAACCGAAAGACUCGGCUCGAGGCCGCCAGUCAGGUUGGGCUCCGUGUUGCCGCCAGCUAUGUGUCCUUGGACGCACAGAAUGUCACGUCUUCUGAUCCUGGACUCCUGGAGAGGCUUGAGGAAGUCAUGCGGGAUGAUAGCAAGCAGGAGGGGUUGGAUAUGCUGAUGAAUAGCGCCAGUGGAGAUGUAUCCAGCAAAGUCACCAAGACCUGCCUCCCCCUGGGUCUGGAAAAGCAAUUCCCGAAGAACCAGAUGCAGGCCAUGACUGUCUCUGGCGCAAAAGGAGGCCUCGUCAAUGCCAACCUCAUCUCAUGCAAUCUCGGCCAACAGGUCUUGGAGGGAAGGAGGGUGCCUCUCAUGGUCAGCGGCAAAUCUCUACCAUGCUUCCCUGCCUUCGACACGGAUGUCCGAGCUGGCGGCUACAUUGUCAGCCGCUUUCUCACAGGUAUCAGGCCACAAGAGUACUACUUCCAUCACAUGGCUGGCCGCGAAGGAUUGAUCGAUACGGCUGUCAAGACAUCACGAUCAGGCUACCUGCAGCGGUGCCUGAUCAAAGGUAUGGAGGGCCUCGAGGUUGCCUACGAUACUUCUGUACGAGACUCGGAUGGUACACUAGUGCAGUUCCUGUAUGGAGAGGACGGUCUGGAUGUCACCAAGCAGAAGUAUCUGACGGACUUUGGGUUCCUGCUGAACAAUCUGGGUUCCCAGUUGUCUUACGUCAAAUUUACGGAUCCUCAAACGAACACGCUAUUUGACCACAGAGACGAGUUCAUGAAGCAGAUGAAGAACCGGAUCAAGAAGGCCAGGAUCUCACCCGCCCUGGCUCCAUUGAAUUCAGAAGUCAAUGUCGUGAGACACGCAUUUGCCACUUCAGAGAAGUAUUUCGAGACGAUGACCCAAUACGUCAAGGACAACAAGGACGGCCUGAUAAAAGAGAAGGGUGACAAGCAAGGCGGCACCCAGGGCAAACCCCGAAUGGGUAAAAAAGCAGUGGAGAAGGUGUUUGUGGCGAAGUAUCUGCGAUCGCUCGUCGAACCCGGCGAGGCGAUUGGUAUAGUCGCAGGGCAGUCUGUUGGUGAACCUUCGACACAGAUGACGUUGAACACGUUCCACUUGGCGGGACACUCUGCCAAGAACGUCACUCUGGGUAUCCCCCGGCUCCGAGAGAUUCUCAUGACGGCGAGUGCGCAUAUAUCGACCCCUGCCAUGACCCUCUAUCUCAACGAGGAGCUCUCGGCGGAGGACGGACAAAGGUUCGCUAAGUCAAUCAGCGUGCUUCCGCUGUCGCAUGUCCUUGAUAAGGUCACCGUCCGAGAGAGAGUCGGCAAGGGUAAAGGGUACGCCCUUGCUAAAAUGUUUGAUGUUCGGCUCAAGUUUUUCCCCUCGAACGAAUACACGCAGGCAUAUGCCAUAGUCAAAGCCGACGUUCUGGCCACGGUGGAAAAGAAGUUGCUACCAAACUUACGCAAGCUCCUUGACAAGGAGAUGAAGCAGCGACAAGGAGGUAAAGACAGCGCCGCUAUGCCCGAAGUCGGAGUGAAAUCAGGUGUCGUCGAGAUGGCUAGUACCAAUGCAGACGAGAACGCAGCUUUUGAUGAGGAUGGUGACGACGACGAAGGCGACGACGACGCGACCAAUGCCAAACAGCGCCAGAAUCGGACAGAAGCUGUUUCGUAUGGGCCAAAUGACGAUGAGGACGAUGCGAUUCAGAAGAGGAUGGAGCAGGAAGCAACCUCUGACGAUGAAGAGCUGCCCGAGGAUGAGGGGUUCGUUGGUAGUCCCCAGUCUCCCAGGGAAAAUGACGACUUCGAGGAUGAAGGCGCGGGCAAAACGUCGGACAGAGCCCAGUCAAGAGAAGCACGAGUCAAAAACAACAACCCACACGUGUCCCAAUUCCGCUGCGACGAGGCACGAGGGGAGUGGUGCGAAUUCACACUCGAAUUCGCCGUUACCAUGCCCAAGAUUCUCAUGCUGAACAUUGUUCAGGAUGCAGUGCGCAAGUCGCUGGUGCAGCAGAUUGACGGCAUAGGCUCGUGCACCUUUGUGCCAGACGAGAAGACCACGGACCCGCGGACAGGUCUCGAAUACCUGGCCGCCGUGGUCCAUACCCAGGGCGCCAACAUCCGGGCUAUGCAGAGGUACGGCGACUACCUAAACCCUAACCGAAUUUCAACGAACGACAUCGUCGCUGUCCUCAACAUCUACGGCGUCGAAGCCUGUCGGAGCAACAUUAUUCGUGAGUUGAGCAACGUGUUCCAGUCGCACGGCAUCGGUGUAGAUAACCGCCAUCUCAAUUUGAUCGGCGAUUACAUGACGAGGAACGGAGGUUUCACGCCAUUCAACCGCAUGGGCCUGAGCGGCAACGUCAGCCCGUUUACCAAGAUGAGCUUUGAGACGACUCUGGCCUUCUUGAAAGACGCGGUCUUGGAUGGCGAUUGGGACGACCUCACGACACCCAGCAGUCGGCUGGUGAUGGGUAGGCUCGGCAAAACAGGCACAGGCUCCUUCGAUGUCUUGACGCAGGUCCCGACGGAACAUUACGACUCUAUGCACCUCCGCCAAUCCGCAGUGACGCAGUCGUGA